CAGAGUCAUUGAUUGUUUAUUUCAGAAGAGAAAAAUGAAAUAAAUUAUUUUCUUUGAUGUGAUUUGGUCGUAUGGUAAAUAAACAAGUUUGAAAGUCAGUGGUGCCUAACAUUUGUGCUUAGUUUUUAAAGUUUUGCAGUAAAAUGUAACAUUAUGAUUACGCGUAUUUAAACAUUCCACAUUGCGUAGCGAUGUUGCGCUACAUAACUUCCUACAUGCAUACCUUAUAAGUGAAAUACUUUGAAUUGUCAUGGAAACAUUCCGUUACAAACAAACCCGCAUCCUCGAUCGUUUCGAUUCGCCGACCAGCAUAAAAAGCAUAAGCAGCAUAAAAGUAUCUCAAGUGGUGAAGAAGGUCAACACGAAAAGGAACGCAAUGUUGUUACGAAACUGCUAAAAUAAAAAAAAAAUAGCCUGUUGGUUGUUUGCCUCAUCGGUGCGUGAAAGUGGUCGUCAAAAUUUCCGAAAGAUUUCAGUGAUUUUAUAUUUUGUAACGAGCGUGUUUUCGACGCGGAACUCGAGGAUGAUGAUCACACCGUAGCUGGCGGAGGGAGAGGAUGUCCAUCAACAUUACGGUGCACAGUUCGCAGGCUCCGUCUUCUUCCGGUGGGAAUCCGUUUGCCAACUUGGAAAGCGUUCGUAAGGCCGAAAAUGACAAACUGCGGAAAGCCCGAUUGGAACAGGUCCGACAGCAGUCGAAGCAACUGGCGGCGAAAGUUCGUCGAAACUUCCAAACUGCCAAGGAGAAAGAGUUGGCCAAUGUGGAGAAACUGAGGGAAGCGGAAUUGAAGAACUGGAAGCAGAGGCACAUAGCGAAGCUGCAGGCCGAUUAUCAACACUGUUUGGAGGAUGUCGGUGAGGCGCAUAAAGCUGCGGAAGCGGCUGAGCAGUGUGAAGUUUGGUUCCAGGAGAAAAAGGCCACCCAACAGGCGGCAGCUCUUCAGAGGGGACGGCAAGCGGAGCAAAAACUAGCGAAGGACAUUCAGGACCGAGAAGCUAGGAAGUCGAAGAAAAAGAAAGAGUAUGUUCCGACCAAAUCGGUUGCGGUGCAAGUUUCGGCUCCCGCGGAGCAGAAAAAGGAUGCCCCCGUGCAGGUGGAUGAUAGUAGUACCUACGCCAAUACUGUGAGUGCAUUUGAGCAGUUCAAGAAAGGUUCGAAGGCAAACUCGGUGCCGGAUCUACGCAUGCAUGACCGACCGUUGUCACCGGAUUUCCUGUCGUCCGAUGAAGAGCUACUCCAUGGUAUUGAUAAGAACAAAGAGAACAUUCCAACUAUCAAUUCGACAACCAGCAAACGAAUAGACACACUUUACUGCAAUCCAACAUCAUUUACCUCACCAGAAACAAUUCAACAGCAAGCGUCCGCAAUCCGACAGCAACCGAUAAAACCUUUCACGCAGGUAUCGGAGUUCGUCAAACGACGCAGGGAAGAGAAGUUACACCAACACGCACACCCACACGAACCCAUCACGAAGGACAUCCCCACAUACUGCUCCCAAAAAAAUGUGCAAUUCGAUGACCUCAGUGAGAACACUUUAUCCUUUCCCACGAGCACAGCCCUGGAUCGAUCCAUCUUGGAAUCGCCACGCAAACCGGUCCGAAAGCUGGUCGAACAGCCCAAGGUCAUUCCUCUCAAGGGCAAACCAAGUCCGUCGAAGCGAUCGACGACGGAUUCCAAUUCGGCCGGAGCCACUUCCUCCAAGGUGCAGUACUACGACUACAACACCAAGUACCGGAAGGAAUACGACCAACCGAGUGCGUUUGUGCAGCGCAAUGACAAACCAAGGGAAGGGGAGCUGAAUGCCAUGCAGGAGGCCAGCCGACUGGAGCGGCUGCAGGCGGAGAUGCUGAAAGCGAGAAGACAAAUUCCAGCGGGGCCGGAUCGCUCGCAGACAGCGCUGGAGAAGCUACAGAUGCGAAAGGACUACGAGAACCUUCAGUUAGAACUGGACAAAUUGAUCAAAGCUGAGUCUCAAGCCAAGGGCCAGGAUGUGACAAGAAAACCACUAAUGACCGAGACCCGCCAGCGGCAGCAAACGGAAGCCCGCCAGAAGCGAAUGAAUCAAGCCGUGGAAGAUUUACUGAAGAAGCGAGUGCUGAUCACUUGUCCCAUAGUUCGGGAUCCACCCCGAGGAGUUCAGUUGUCAAAUAGACCUUCACAGGUAAACGUUGCGGCGGGGAUUGGGAAUGCUGUCCAUGUGCCCGGAGAUGAUUCCAUCCUGCGGGAAGCAACAAACAGCUCAGACAGUUGCAGCACUAUCAUGCUGGGUUACGAUCAAAGUAACGUGCGCGCGGGAAUUCCCCUACCGGAAGCUGAUAAAGUCGCUAAGCUGAAGGAACUGCUGCAGAAGGUGAACGAACAGAAACGACUACUAACGGAGGAGCUUAAGAAAGAGGAGGAAAUCGAACAUGAACUGAAGGUGCCUAUUGUGAAUAUCAAAUCGACGAAAACCCAAACGGAUAACGGAAUCAAGAAGUUGCAACAACGACAGCAGGAACUUGAAGCCCAGCAAAAGCAACUGCACGAGAAGGAAAAGGAAAUUCGUGAGUUGGAGAAGCAGUUGAAGGAGAAGUUGAAUCGGUUGGAGAAAGAAAAGUCCAAGUCAAAGGUUCCGAUUCACAUAGAAACGAACGGUACCGGAAGUGCAGAUGUCCAAAUGGCUCAUGAUAACAGCUCAACUGGAUCGAAUGAUAGCAUUCAAUCGGGUUCAGAAAUACCGGUAAAAAUUGUUAUAACUGUGAAUGAUAAAUCUAAAAAGAAAGUCAAGAAGACACCGAAGAAGAUACUCCCGGAAGCUAGGAAAAGGAAGAAAGCUAAGGAUGUCGUUGAUCGACCUAUAGAAUCACAGAAAACUAGAGGCAAGUCUCCAAAGAAGGUGGAAGCAAUCCCCGAAAAGCCCAUUGAAGUUCCAAAAGUUCACUCAGAACCACCGAGAACAGUUCCAGAACCGAUGGAAGCGUCACCAAUCAGCUCAACGACCUCAACCGUUUAUCGACAACUGCCAUCAAAAAUCGACAAUCGCGCCGGCCAGCUCUUGAAGCAAUUGGCCCAACAACAAGCACCGCCACCGAAGCCUGUAAAAUCCCAACGCCGGGAAUCUGCGCCCAAGCAUCAACUAAAAAAGACCACCCCUCCUCCUGCUCGACCAGCACCAAUUGCUCAAGCCCAGCAGCGAGGGCAAAAUUUCAAUCCCAACCUCAUGCAGUACAUCGUUCGAUUGUUGGGUAUGUCCCGGCAUUCAAUCGAGCAACUCGGGGUCAGUUCAUCAACGACGGUUUCCACGCCGCACGAUUCCGUUACCAACGUCAGCGCCAAUCAAUCCAGCAGCGUCGAAGAGCAAACCAGUCGCGAUCAGGUGCGAAUGGACAAGCUGAGACGAUUCAUCGACGAAAACUAUAACUUCCUCCAGGAAAUCGACGAAACCCUCAAAGAGCAGGAGCUGAGCGGAACGGCCGAUGAUAACAUCAGUCGAGUGGAGGACGUUUGGAUGAAAACGCUCAGUCGGAAGGAGAAGGAAGUUCGACGAGAAAAACCGCAAAUUGCGGCACCUCCCCUCGGCCAAUCACCCCCAGUCAGGGACAGUUCUCUCAAGUCGAUUCUUAAGUCACCUAAAAAGACACCCGCCAAGGUGGCGACAAUCAUGACCCCGCAAGGAAACGUGGAAGUAAUCGACCUAACAGACCGUGCUGAACAAGAAGUGCUGGAAAAGUACUCGCAUCUGGCGGAAAACUGUAGCAAGCGAAUCUCCGAAUUGUCGGACAUGAUCCAGAAGGUCCGGGAGGAGAAGAAAAAGCUCAUCGAAAACAGUUUGUCAUCCAGCGAGCAGCCGGAAUCGUCCACCAAAUAUCUGGAUUUGCCACGAUCGCAACAGAAAGCGCCCGCUGCCGAAACGAGUCCGCAGUCGGCCAAGGAGGAUCCCGUCAGCGAAGAGAUCAACAACAUUUUCACCAAGUCGAGACAGAUUGGACUCAGCAAGGAUAGUGGCAUAGCAAUGUCACGACCGGUGACAUCAUCAGACUAUCGUGACAGCCCGGACGCAAGACCGCCCAACGCCGGGGCACCACAGUUCGAGUCGUCCGAGGAGCUGAGCUCACGCGAGAUGGCACCCACUGGUUCGGUGGCGUUUGAACCCUUGCUCAAGGAUAUUCCGAAGGUUUCACCACGGCUGCAUAAUGCGGAAACGAAUACUCAGCCGGUCCCUACCAUCGUUACUCAAGAACCAAAGGAUAUCCCCCUAGCAAAGCGAACCAAGCCACCGGUGGCCGUCAUUCGAUACAGUCCCCAAUUAGAAGAACCCAUCGCAGCACAUGAGCUGUCCACCAUUCCCGAAGUCGAAACUCCGCUUGCCUCCAAGAUCAACAUCUCGGUAGUACCUAGCGAAAAGCUCGAUCCUGCCGAACAACUGCUCAUUGAAGUGCGCGACAAACUUCUGGACCACGCCCGUGCCCUUGGCUACGAAGAUUUUCCCAACUACCAGCAAUACGUCCGAGAGCAGAAUCUGGAAGGCACCCGAUACGAUCCGGAGAAGACCAGCUACUCGCGCCUUCACGAACUGCUGGAAGUCACCGACAAGAGUGACCACCUUCGCUAUCAAAACUUUCCCGUACCGGCCCCGGAGAUGAACGUUACUGAAGAGAGUGCGAAUGCGAACAACAAAAAGCCCGAAUUGGAAAGCAACUCCAGUUCCAGCACCACACUCCCGGACGUGGUGGCCGAGCUCAAGCUCAGAAAGAUUAUCGAUAAAUCUUUCGACAACUCUCUUGACGAUUCCAACCUUUCGACACCGGAUUCUGGUUCGUUACUAGCUCUUCAUCCUCUUCCAGAAAAAUCCCCGAUAAAAUCGCACCAGAAUCAAAACGAUCCCCGCAAAACCCCCGACCAAUCCGUCUCGGAGACAACGGCAUCCCUCGAACGGGAUCUCAAUCAGCUUGGCCUGCGCUGGGCCUCAAGUAUGCUGAAGAAAAACCAGCAAGCCCUCCUACAAGAGCACUCCAGCAGCUCGUCCCUCUCACCGGCCGAAGACAUCCGCCGCCUGUCGGCCAGAAAAUCCAAACCACUGCCAUCUCUUCGGGACGACCCAAACGAUUCGCAGAACACAGUCUCCGGUAAACCCUUGAACCUUAAAGAGUUCGUUGCCCGUGAACUGAUGAUACGGACCCAUUCCGAUCCGAACUCGCUCUCGGAUUCGUCCAGUCCGUGCAGUAUGCUGUUACGAUCAUUGCUGGACAUCAGCCACAUUAACACCUCCACUCCGGAAUUGCUCACGCAAACCACGGAUAAGAACAUUCAGCGAACGUCCACUCCGGUGGCCACGAAAUCGUCCUCCGGCGGGACCCCACGGGAAAUCGCUGUCGCCAAUGAUGGCAGCCUGAAUGUUACGAAUGGGCUAUUCUCCGGCGAAUCGCGAAUUUCGUCCGUUCACAUGAGUUCUUCUUCGGGCGGGGAGAACAAACUGACCGUUCCGAACGUGCGCCUCGAUGUGCACCGGUAUGCAAAGGGACGGGACACAGCCCAGAAGUAGAGAAGCAUAAAUCACACGCUCACAUUACAUAUAUUUGAUAGAUAUCUAUUUUAAUAAAAGUGCCUUUGAAGCAAUAUUUUAUUGGAAUAAUGUUCUCUAAUGAAUUGAAUACUCAACUGAGACUUAAGCCUUAUUGUGUAGGAAUUGAAUUUAAUUCUAUGCAUGCGCUUACAAUCAAUAAAUUGAAUUGUAAGUUACGUUUACUGUAUUAAUGUUAAGUUUUAGCUCAAAAUCAUUACUAUCUAGGACUAUUAUUGAUAAGUUGGAUAGAAAAUUAGAAUGCGUUUUCUUUUCUCCAUAGGAUGCAACAAAUUAAGCACUGUUAGUCAUAGGCAUACAAAAGCAUUUAAUAAAGAUUAUUCAAACUGUA